GGCCGAGAACCCUAUCCCAACUGCUCUGGCCAGAACUUGAGUUAGCCGCGGAGUUGACGUCAGAAAGACUACCGCUUCGGGUAAUCAACCCACCACUAUUGAUAACGAAGCCAUUCAACCAUCACUGUGACCUGUGUCACCAGGGUAUCCCACGGCGACGCCCACUCGCGAACCCGCCGAAGCUCGAACUUCCCCGCCAGUGAGCAUGUCGCCGGGCGGGCUCAGGAAGCCAAUUCUGGCUCUGAACCGCAUCAUCGGGCACACAUCGGCCAAGAACCACAUCACCCGGCCCCACAUCGGCAACAUCGCUGCCCUUGACGAUGACCAUCGGCACGCAAAACACGUGAAGAAGGCGCAGGAGCAGCGGGUCAAGGAGGAGGAGCGCGAAAAUGAGCGCCGAUCUUUCCAGCAGCGGCGGAAAGAAGAGGAGGAAAAGGCACACCAGGAGGACCCGCCCGAGAUCGCCGCGCGCUAUGGCACCAAGACGGGCGACGUGCUUGCCAAGACCGAGUCACUACAGAAGUUGGCUGCCGACCCGAACAACGCGGGCAUGGCGGUCAGCUUCAUCGCCCGCGUACACCAUGUCAGGAACCUCAGCUCCAGGCUGGCCUUCGUCAUUUUCCGCGACCAGAUCGAGCUCGUCCAGGGCGUGCUGGCCUACCGCGAGGGCGAGGUUUCGGAGAACUUCGUGCGAUGGGCCGAGCAUCUGAACAGCGAGUCCUUCGUUCAUGUGCACGGACGGCUCCAAAGGCCGCCUGAGCAGAUCAAGGGCUGCACUAUCCACGAUCUCGAAGUCGUCAUCGACUCGAUGCACGUGGUCGUGCCCGUGAAGGAACGCCUGCCUGUCGACCCCUUCGCAAUGGACCACGUCGAGGAGGACGAGGAGACGCACCAGCUCGAGGCGAUGGCGACCACCAGGAUGCGCGUUUCCAACCGUAUCGCCUACCUCCGGACACCGACGGCGCAGUCCAUCUUCCGCAUCAACUCGGUCAUCUGCAGCAUCUUCCGCUCCGUGCUCGAGAGCCAUGGCUUCAUCGAGAUCCACACCCCCAAGCUGAUGCCCGGCGCGACCGAGUCCGGUGCCGAGGUGUUCCGGGCUAAUUAUUUUGGACGCACGGCGUUCCUCGCCCAGAGCCCCCAGCUGUGCAAGCAAAUGAGCAUCUCGGCCGACUUUGGCCGCGUGUUUGAGAUCGGCCCGGUGUUCCGCGCCGAAGACAGCAAUACGCACCGCCACUUGACCGAGUACACGGGCAUGGACCUCGAGAUGUCCAUCAACAGCGACUACCACGAAGCCCUGCGUGUCAUUGACGAUCUGAUGAAGAGCAUCUUCAAGGGCGUCUACAGCCGGUGCCGGAAGGAGAUCGAUCUGGUCAAGUCGCGCUUCCCGCACGAGGACCUGGUCUGGCUUGAGGAGACGCCGAUUCUGACGUUCAAGGAGGCGCUGGACCUUCUGGACUCGUCUGGCUGGACGGAUGACCACGGCCGCAAGGCGUCGGAGCUCGAAGACCUCAGCACGCGCGCCGAGAUCCGCAUCGGCGAAUUGGUCAAAGAGAAGUACAAGACCGACUACUACAUCAUCGACAAGUUCCCCGCCUCCGCGCGGCCCUUCUACACCUACCUCGACCCCGAAGACCCGAGGUACACCAACUCGUUCGACAUCUUCCUCCGCGGACAGGAGAUCACAACGGGCGGUCAGCGCAUUCACCGACCCGAGCUCCUCCUCGAGCGCAUGAAAAAGGCAGGCGUCGAGCCCAGCGGCGUAGCAGAGUACCUGCAAGGCUUUGAGUUCGGCGUGCUGCCGCAUGCCGGAUGCGGCAUCGGGCUGGAGCGGCUGUUGUUCCUCAUGUUGAACCUGGGAGACAUCCGCAACGCCUCGCUCUACCCACGCGAUCCCAAGUCUCUGCCCUUGCGCCAGGACACUUCUGUCCGGCUACCUCACCCCGAGGCGGAUACGAUGCGGUACGCCUACGACUUUGAGCAUGGCCGCCCCAACCUCGAACUGCCGUCAGUCCCGAAGCUCAUCGCCAACUACGGCGACGCCACCAACACGGCCUGGCUCGACGACCGCUACAAGGUUUGGCGACACGAGGAAACUGGUGCUGCGGUCGGGUAUGCCGAACAGAACGGUUACGCCCUGGUGAUGGGCAACCCGCUGUGCGACCCGCAGCAGUACCAGCUCGUGAUCCGCGCGUUCCUGAAGCACCUGCGCAAGCAGAAGGACCUUCGGCCGCUCUGGCUGCUGGUCGGGCCCGAAGUCGAGGAGAUCCUCGGAUCCAAGCUCGGUUGGCGGACGCUCAGCUGCGUGGCCGAAGAGCGCGUGCCGAUCGACUCGGCCAAGAAGGUUGCCAAGAAGGAACGGCAGGCCGAGGACGCCGGCGUCACCAUCCGCGAGCACCCCGUCGACCAGCCCAUCCCGCAAGAAUUCCGCGAUCGCUGCGACAAGCGGAUCGCCGAGUGGAAGGAGAACCGCAAGGGCAGCAAGCAGGUGCACAUCACCGAGGUCCGCCCGUGGAUCGACAUGGAGCACCGGCGGUACCUCUGGGCCGAGACGAGGGAGGGCGAGAUCGCGGCGCUCUGCGUGCUGCACCGCCUGUCGCCCGCCAACGGGUACCAGAUCAAGUUCGCGCUCGACUUCCCCGGCUCGCCCAGCGGCACCAUCGAGGCGCUCAUCUCGGCCGCCAUCCAGGCGCUCGCCAAGGCCGGCGUCCGCAACGUCACCUUCGGCGCCGGCGCCAUCCCCGAGAUGGUCACCGGCGGCAACCUCGACGGCCUCCGCGCCCGCAUCCUGUCCAGGACGUACAAGACCAUCGCCCAGCAGCUCAAGCUCGUCCAGAAGAGCGAGUUCCGCGAGAAGUUCGGCACCAGGAACGACCUGGUCUAUAUUUGCUACCCCUUCAUGGGCCUCGGCGUCAGCGGCGCGAGGACGUUGAUCAAGUUCUUUGAGGACGAGAUGUAGACUUCGCGCGGUCCACGCCUUCGAUGUUGUGUUUUUGCUGGGUUUGCUGGAUAUUUACCGUGCUGUUGCUA